AUGUCUAUAUUUAGAGCCUAUGUAACUAGUACUCAAUUUUGUAAUUGGCAUUUUUCUCCUUCAGAAUUAGUUAAUCUUCGUUCAGAUUGUAAUACAACUGCUCUUAAACGAUUACAAUCAAUUAAAGAAGUAGAAAUUAAAAAUACCAAUGAAAAUGUAAACAAUACAUUAACUGUUGUUGGAUUAGAUCCUGAUCAAGAAUUUAAAAUUAUUAAACAUUAUGUAUAUUUAAUGAAAAUUUUAUUUGAUAAAUUUACAACACCUCAGUUACCAAAUGAAGUAUAUGGUUUUGCUGCAACCUAUUUUAAACGUUUUUAUCUUAAUCAUUCUGUAAUGGACUUUUAUCCACGUGAUAUAAUGUUAACAUGCUUGUACGUUGCUUGUAAAGCUGCAGAUUUCCCAAUUGGUCUUCAGACUUUCAUUUCGCAUAUCCCUAGAAAUCAAGAGCGAUACAGUUAUCUGGUUCUCAAUUCUGAACUUUUUUUGAUGGAAUCACUGGGUUAUGAUCUGUGGGUGUAUACACCGUAUCAAGCGUUAACUGGAUUUGUUAUCGACUUAGUAGCAUAUCAGAGACGAAUUUGUGGUGCACGUUCUGAUUCCUAUCUUUUAGAGAAUCGAUCCGAUGCUCAGCUCGUUGAUGAGUUAUGUAAGGACGGUGUAAAUUUAAUAAAUUUAUGGUAUCAAACUGACUUGUGCCUCACAGCUCAUCCAAGUCAGUUCGCUCUUGCUGUCCUAGUGGAACUUGGACAUACUCGGCCUCAGUUGGAUGUAGAAGUUUUCGUCAGAGAUGAACUAUGUGGUUGUGACCCAGUACAAAAGUUUAAACAGCAUUCUGAAGAGGAUGAUGGUGACGAAGGAGACAUAAAACCCAAGAAGGAUACCAAAUGUGACCCUGAAACUCGUUGGCAGGAACUGUCUAGUCGUUUAGAUUUUAUCCGUCAAACAAUCGAUGAAUUUCAGUUUAUUACUGACUUAGGACCUGUUGGUGAAGAAGAAGUAAUUUUAGAUGAAUGUCGAAAUCCCCUAUAUAAUAUUGAAUCUGACGAGUAUGCGCAAGCUAAGUCAAAAGCGGAUAGCCUAAUGGCUACGCUUGAAUAAUAGUAAUAGUCGUACCUGUACUGUAUAUAUACCAUGUAUAAUUCACGUUUACUUUUCUGUUUUGGAAAUUGUGUGUAAUUACAGGUUUUAUUCUCUAGUUUAUCUUUUGUCC